GAGAGGCGGGGAUACGAAAAAAAGAACGAAUCAGAAGGGAAACUAGCGACGGUGGCUGAUAGUGGUCUUAUCUCAAGCGACUGCGCUGCGCGCUCCCGGAGGGGCGCGCCUGCGCACUGUGCUGGUCUCCAUGGCGGGGCCUCGGAGCCAAGACGAGAAAAAAUGCUGCUGUGAAGACAUAGUUAUAGCUUUCACAUAACUGAAGCCCCAACCAUCAUGAUUUAGUGCCCCCCAAAGGAAGAACUUCAGUGGAAAAGAGAGGGCAUUUCUGGGGAUAGUAGAAUGCUUGAGACCUGAAUUUAAACUCAAGCUCCUUCAUGAAGGUAUUAAAUAAUAGAAGAAAAUGGAAUUGAAUAUGAUACCAGCAUGGAACAGUCUGUUGAUUCAUUAAGAGUCAACCAUAAUGAUUCCGAAGACUCAAAAACCGAUUCUCAGCAUCUAAGCUGUAUGGACUCCAGUGAGCCUUCUUUUGGACAAGAUGGUUCCCCUAGAGUUUUACCCAUUACUACUGCAGUGGAUAAUUCACUCACAUCACAGAAUAUACCAGGGCCCCUGACUCAGACGCAGACUCUUUCUGCAGAGCAAUUCCACCUAGUGGACCAAAAUGGGCAACCUAUUCAAUAUGAGCUUCAGUCAUUGGGGGAUUCUAAUGAGCAAAUGAUGAUUGUUGCCAGCCCAUCAGAAAAUGGACAGGUGCUGCGUGUAAUUCCAUCUACCCAGACAGGAACGACACAAGUGAUUGUACCUCAGGGGCAGCUUGUGGAUGUGAAUAGUCCUCAGGAUGUCUCUGAAGAGAAACCCAGUGACGGAAACUUACCAACUGUAAGAGUGGAUUCUCUAGCAGACAGUAACAGUAGUUACAUUCUUCAUCCACAUGCAUCCCUCACAUUGCCCAAAAAGACAGUGACCAGAAUACUUGAAGAACCCUUUUUGGCUCCACUCCAGCCACUUUCUUCUAACACACCUAUAUGGGCCUGUCGUCUUAGGAGCUGUGAGAAAAUUGGAGAUUCAUACCGUGGCUACUGUGUAAGUGAGACUGAAUUAGAAAGUGUUCUAACAUUUCACAAGCAGCAAACACAGAGUGUUUGGGGGACCCGCCAAUCUCCAAGCCCAGCCAAGCCAGCUACACGCUUGAUGUGGAAAUCCCAGUAUGUCCCAUAUGAUGGAAUCCCAUUUGUCAAUGCAGGGAGUAGAGCUGUGGUAAUGGAGUGUCAGUAUGGGCCAAGAAGAAAAGGUUUCCAGUUAAAAAAAAUCAGUGAGCAGGAAAGCAGGUCUUGUCAACUCUACAAAGCUACUUGUCCAGCCCGGAUUUACAUUAAAAAGGUACAGAAAUUUCCUGAAUAUAGAGUUCCUACAGACCCCAAAAUUGACAGGAAAAUAAUCCGAAUGGAGCAGGAAAAAGCCUUUAACAUGCUAAAGAAGAACUUGGUAGAUGCUGGUGGUGUUCUUAGGUGGUAUGUACAGUUACCUACUCAGCAAGCUCAUCAGUAUCACGAAUUAGAGACUCCCUGCCUCCCUUUAUCACCUUCCCCUUUUCCUAUGUCUUCUCUUGAAGAAGAGGAAGCUGCAGUUAGAGAUGAGAACUGUACAUUACCCUCACGUCUACAUCCUCAAGUAGCACAUAAAAUUCAAGAACUAGUAUCACAGGGAAUACAACAAGUGUAUGCAGUAAGGAAACAGCUAAGAAAAUUUGUGGAAAGGGAACUGUUCAAACCUGAUGAGAUACCUGAAAGACAUAAUUUAUCCUUUUUUCCAACUGUAAAUGAUAUAAAAAAUCACAUCCAUGAGGUACAGAAAUCCUUGAGAAAUGGAGAUAAUGUAUAUAACUCAGAGAUUAUUCCAGCAACGCUUCAAUGGACUACAGGUAGUGGGAAUAUUCUCAGAGAGACUGUGACAGUUACACUUGCAGAAGGAAAUUCACAAGGAGAAGCAAUUUCCAGCAAAGUGGAAACAAAUCAGACAAGGGGUUCUUUGUCUCCAGAGCCAGCGCACUUGCUCUCCUCACUUUCUUCAUUUCAGCCAAAAAUAUUCACACAACUACAGGGUUUGCAGUUGCAACCAAGAUUCACAUCUUCUGAUGGAUCACCAGCUCUGAUAUCAGUAAAUAAUCACCCCUCCUCCAGUCCUUCAAGACUUCUGGAUUCAGUAGGAAGUGCUGUAAUGAAUAAUAAUUCUCUGCUGCUUGGCCAAACUCAUUGCCUUCAAACAGAUACAUGCCUAACCCAAAACAAUAGUAUUUCCUCUACCAUGGGUAACCUUCCAGGACCCGAUCAAAAUCUGGUUGCAGUGGAUCAGCUGGUGGAAGUUGGAGAUGUUGAGGAUACAGAGAAUCUGGAAGGAAAUGUUCAUCGGAUUCUGCUGGGAAAUGUUCAGACCAUUCCAAUACAGAUUAUAGACAGCCACCCAGCUCUUAUUGAAGAAAGUCCAGAAGGUACCAUUUCUGUGAACCAAGUUAAGCAAGAACCCAAAGAACCAGCAUUAUCUAUGGAAGCAAAAAAAAAAUUGGACUGUAAGAAAUUGUCUGCUACAUAAAUUAUUGAAGCUUUUCAGAAUUUACAACUCUGGUGACUUCUGAUGUCAUAAAAAAGAAGGUGAAUAUUAUCAAAGCGCAGCAUUGUGAUAAGUGGACUGAAGACUGGUUUAAUGAGCAGCUUUAAUUUAAAACUGACAUAUUUGUUGCUAACUCCCUAUUUUUACCUUAAGAGAUAUUUUAUUCCUCUUAUUUUGUAUAAUUCUUAUGGUUUUUGAUUAUCUGAUAAGGCCAGUAUUUCAAAAGGUCAUCUGAACGUAUCCACAUAUCUAAUUCAUCCUCUGGAAAUUAGAUAUUAAUUUUGGUUCUUAAAAAAG